AUGGACAGCCGAUGCUUUGCUGAAGUUUCCGCAAAGGACUUUUUAAAAAGAAGAACACAACUGAACUGUUUCAAGCUCAUACGAGAUGAGUACUACAGCAUUGUAACUCAGCCGAUCGAUAAACUAAUUGCCAGCUUCAUGAAGCCCGAGAAUCAACCAAAAAACCGGUACUGGGACAUUCCUUGCUGGGAGCAUUCACGCGUUGUGCUAGAUACUAAAGGAGGAUCGGACUACAUCCACGCGAAUUGGAUCGAUGGCUUUGAAGAGCCGAAGAAGUUCAUCGCCACUCAAGGUCCCUUUGCGAACACCACUGCAGACUUCUGGAGGCUCGUGUGGCAGGAGCAUUGUUAUGUGAUAGUGAUGUUAACUCCAACUAAAGUUAGCGGUGAAGAAAAAUGUUAUCAGUAUUGGUGUCCCAGCGAAAAUGGGUCACUGGACAUGAACGGAUUCCGCAUCAAAACUCUGAAAGUCACAGUUCGGGCUAAAUACGUCCGGACACUGAUCGAAAUCACGAAUAAAUCCUUGAAGACAUCGAGGAAACUAAGUCACUUCCAGUGCAGCAAUUGGUUUGAAUACAACACUCCUUCCGACUUACCGUGGUUUGUGCAAUUCAUCAACAUGAUCGAUAGAGUACGUCAAGUCUACAUGAAGCUAUUUAAUCCGAAGGAUGCGUUGCUCUGCCCGGUGGUGGUGCACUGCAGCACUGGAGUCGGCAGAACUGGAACCUUCUGCGCAGUGGACAUCUGCUUGAACCAACUCGUGAAAACGUCCGCAAUUUGUGUACCCCAAGUGGUUUUUAAUGUGCGCGAGCAACGUUAUGCUGGUGUUAUGAAUUUCAACCAGUACUCGUUCAUUUAUGAAGUGCUGCAUUACUUUUUAAGUGUGCAAAAAAAUGUUGAUAAGCCAUCCUUUAUCGGGUGA